GCAUUGUGAAAAUAUUUUUUAAUGUACGAGUAAUUUUUAUUUUUAGUAAACGUGGUAAGCGAUCUGACGCCGUUAUUGUAUACCAUAGCAAUCUAGCGUAGGCAAUACCAUUAUAUACACCUUGGCGUGACAAACAAGUGCGUGGCUUUUGUAUGUAAAUAUUUGGCGGGGGUCGUACAUUUACUCUGUACUUGGCUUGAUUAAUUGAAUACGUAUGUUGUGUACACAGCCGGUUCCAUUCAUUGUUCGUCUAUAGUUUCUGGACGAUUGACCCCCAGUUAAAUACGGCAUAUUCUCAUUCAAGAAGAUCUAGAGCUCUUUUGGAUUUGACAAUUCCUCUGAACGAGUAACAUGACUUGGUUAACGAGACAGCAACGUGUAAAUUACCAGAAAAUGGAUGUGGAUGAGAUUUUGCCAGGUGUUUUUAUAUCUGGUUGCAGUCCAGCGGCAGACAAGGAAACCCUACAGAAACUUCAGAUAACCCAUAUAGUCAACUUAGCGUCCUUGUUUGGAAACAGGUUUCCGGAAUCGUUUACCUAUCUAAAGAUAGAAAUCGAGGAUUCUGACGAUGUAGACAUUAAGCAGCCUAUUUACAGGGUACUUAGGUUCAUUGAGAGUACCCUGACCCUUGGGGGCCGCGUUCUGAUCCACUGCAAUGCUGGGGUAUCAAGAGCGGGAGCCAUGAUCACAGCUUACGUCAUGAAAACCAAGGGCUGCAAACUUAAAGAUGCUCUCAAAUUUGUGCGGUCCAAAAGGAGAAACAACCCCGUUACUCCAAACGAUGGAUUUUUAAGAGACCUAAAGAAAUUUGAAAAACAGCUUGUAGCAGUGAAAGUGAUAAAGACGACUUGAAGACGUGGUAAUGCAAGUUAAAAUAAUGCAGGUACCCCACGCCUUAUUGCAACGUCACAAGCGGCAUGUUACCACAUGUACAAUAUGCAAUGCGUUUUCCCCACUCGUUUUAGCACUGACUGAGAGGGACUGCAGAGCAAACUGAGAUGGAAGUUGAAAACUAGGUUCGGUUCUUUAAUUCGAACCAGACAACCAUUGCUUAUUCCAAGAUGGGCAAGUGUUAGGAAUGUACCUCAGGAGUUUAACCUCUACAGUAAUGGCACGAUAGAACACUGUCACAUUGACGAUAUGAAAAUAAAUUGCUGAUAUCAAAAUAAGUUGUCAUUUAUACUUCGGUAAGUUUCUUUGCAGAAACUAUUUCCCGGUUUUCCUCAACGUACCAUCGAUAUCGAUAACGGACGAAUAAUGGAUGUCAUUUAUAUG